AGAGAUAAUCUCUGGAAUUUACAUUCUAGAUAUUCCCAAAGGUAGGAGUUAGAGGGCAGGAUUGGAGGGACACCGACACGCGUCACACGUUCACAACCCGGCCAGCGGGACAAGUUCGUGUUAAGUGAUAUAAGUAUUAAAAAUACUUGCAAAGAAAAAAAAACAAAUAUAUAUAAGCAUAAAAGUAAUAAAGCUCGAGAGAAAAAAAAAGAACAUUUGAAAGCGUGUAUUAAAAUUUUAUGUAAAGGAAUCCUGGACUAGACUGAGCACUACCCCAGCUUCAAACCCGGAAUAACCGGAGGUUCCUUAAAUUGGCGCCCGAGCAGGGACCCUUUUGAUCAACACACAAAAAGGUAAUAAAAGAAGAGACAAGAAAUCAUGGUGCGUACGUCCUGGGCAUAUACCCUACGAAAGGAUGAAUUGGUGCAAUAUCUGGAAGAAUUCGAUCUAGAUGCCAGUGGUACCGUAGAAGAAAUGAGGAAGAGGUUUGCCACAUUUAUAUCCGGUGAACACAAGGAAAAGGUCCUCACCAGGCUAGAGGAGCUAGAAAACAAGCACGGCCGGUGCCAAACACCCACAACCCCAGGUAUGUCCACACAACUAGACGUGCCAACAGUGUCACAUAUGGCAACAAGAAUGGGACAGCAAUCAGCCUCAGGCCACCUGUUGUGCCCAUCACCACACAAUGAACGGAGUUCGCAAUCGGCUACGAGUCCACCUCAGCAAAGUCCACACUACUCAACCGUGAUCGACAUAGUCAGGAAAUGGUCGUUUCGCUAUGAGGGCGGAAAAGAUCCCAUUGCUUUUGUUGAGCGAGUAGAAGAACUCGCGGAGGUCUAUGGUCUGGACAAAAAUAUGCUACCCCGGACAAUGCCAGAAUUGCUUAAAGAAGCGGCGCUGCUGUGGUUCAGAAACAAUAACCAUCAGUGGAACACAUGGAGAAGCUUUAAGGAUGACUUUCUGAAGUUUUUCCUGCCACCCCGAUAUUUUGAAGGGCUUGACGACGAAAUUCGCCGAAGACAGCAAAAACCACGAGAAACCUUUAAAGACUUUGUCAUCGUAUUACAAAACAUGAUGAGACACGCGGGAUACACACACGAACAGCAGGUGGAUAGAUUAUUUAGGAAUUGCCUUGUGGACUAUCAAAUGUACAUAAGAAGGAAAGAUUUUCAGUCCCUAGAAGAGCUGAUUCAGAUGGCCGAAGAUUUCGAGGUAAUACGAACACACCAUCCCGAGGUAAGUCAUGAUCACCGUGACACUCGACAGGCUCAUCGAAGAGAUGAUAGGGCUCGACAAAUUGUACCCACGGCAGAGGAGACCCCGAUUAAUCCAACGACGGUGACGAGCUUCGCUUAA